AUGGGGCUGAUCAACGGCAAUGAAAAUGAUGGGCUGUACAGUCCGUAUAUUGAAAAUCACAAUAACAGGAAACAGUGUUCAAAAGAAACCGAGUCUGUUAACAGUCAUCAUCAUAGAAGACCCAACCCUCAUUCUCGAGUAACAAGACCGCAUGUUUCAGUGUCCCAAGAAAAUCUGGCUUAUAGUCGCUGGAAAGGAGUUCGUCGAUCCAGGCGUCUUGACAACUUGAAAUACCUGAUUAAUUUGCAAGAGAAGGACGACGAGCUUGUGGCUAAUGACCCAUCGUCGACCUUUGAACCAAGCUGUUCUUUGUUUGAAGCACUGUUUGAUAACCCAGAUAAGAUGGAAAUGUGGAACAGUUUUGUGGAAAGCUCAGAAGAAGAGCAGUGGAAAAUCCUCAACUAUAGAGGCCUGCAUGACAUCAAGGAGGACAGCGAGGAGGGGGAGGCUGGUGCUGAAGUGUCUGCACAAACUGCUGAAGAUAGCUGGGUGAUGAUACUGGAUGAGAGAAGUGACCAUCCUGCCUUCAGCCCAAAGGAAUGCUACAGCCGAGUUGACAGAAACUUGAGAGCACUGCUGAAGCGUAGACAACUGCCAAUGGGGAUGCUGGCUAACCUGGAGAGAGAAAUUGUGACGUUCUUCCAUGAUUUUCCAGCCUCUGUGUACAUAUCUAAUGUCUCCAACAGCUUUGAGAGGAUGUUGCUUCAUGCUCUCUGCCAGUAUUUAAACCUCCGUUCUCACAGUUUUAAUGAUGAUGGAUCUAGAAAAACUCAAGUUGAGAACAAGCAUUCACAAUUCCGACCUCCCAUUCUGCUACUGACUGAGUACCUGCAGCUGAAUCAGCAUGCAUUGUGA